UGGUGGUUGUGAAGUACUGUAUUUCACAGCGUAAAAUCCAUGCUUCAUAUAGGAAUCUCCUUUCUCAAUAACCUCUGUAGUUCCUAAACCCAGUAGGCAAUAGCCAUGAGCUCACAAAGCGUUACAUCCACGAGUUCAACUCUUUUCCUCGUUGCUAUCUUCGUAUGCUUCUCCCUGUCAAGUUCAAGAAACCCCAACUUCAUGCAAAAAGGCUCUUCUCUAUCUGUCGAAGAUAACUCGGACCUGUUAAUUUCUGCAGACAACACGUUUACUUGUGGCUUUUAUAGUGUUGGUGAAAAUGCUUACUGCUUCUCAAUUUGGUUCACCAACUCUAAGGAGAAAACGGUUGUUUGGAUGGCUAAUCGCGACAAACCCGUUAAUGGGAAGGGCUCGAGAGUUUCUCUGCUACGAGAUGGUGCCUUUGUCUUGACUGAUGUCGAUGGCUCCACCACGUGGGAGACCAACACCGGCACCACAGAUGUUCAAAAGGCGGAGCUUUUGGAUAAUGGAAAUCUUGUUCUUAUGGACUCAUCUGGUAAAAUUCUUUGGCAAAGCUUUGAUUUCCCUACAGAUACACUCCUUCCUCACCAACCCAUUACCAGGAGUAAGAAGAUGAUUUCCAGGUUAGGAAGGGGAAAUUAUUCUGCUGGGUAUUUCAAUUUUUAUUUUGAUAAUGAUAAUGUCUUGAGGUUGAUGUAUGAUGGGCCCGAUACUUCAACUUUGUAUUGGCCUGAUGUUGAUAAUACUGUGACUCAGAAUGGGAGAACAGGCUAUAACAAUACCAGAAUUGCUGUUUUAGAUGACAUGGGCAGGUUUUUGUCAAGUGACAGCUUGCAAUUCAAUGCUUCGGACUUGGGUUUUGGGAUCAAGCGGAGGCUGACGAUUGAUUACGAUGGAAACCUCAGGCUUUAUAGCUUGAAUAAUGGAACAGGAUUGUGGACGAUCACCUGGGAAGCUCUUCUACAACCAUGUCUAGUGCGUGGGAUUUGUGGAAGGAAUGGGAUCUGUAUCUCUACACCAAAAUUACCAAGGUGCUCCUGCCUUCCUGGAUAUGAGAUGACUGACCCAAGUAACUGGAACGCCGGUUGCAAGCCAAGGUUCUCUAUAACCUGUUCACAGUCCCAGCAACUGAAAUUCGUGGAGUUUCAACACAUGAACUUCUACGGAAAUGAUAUCAAUAUUUACAGUAACAAGACAUUAGAUUGGUGCAAGAAGAAAUGCAAGGAAGAUUGCCAGUGUCAAGCAUUUAACUAUAGGCUAACAGGGGAAGUGAAAUGUCACCUAAAAGCCGCACUUUUCAAUGGCUGCAAGUCUUCAACAGUGAAAGUCUCCACAUAUUUGAAACUGCCUCUGAAUAUAGAAAUAUCAGAAUACAUCAUUCUCAAUGACACUAAUCUUACAUGCAGUUCAAGAGGAUAUAAAGUACCUGUGACAGGGUUUUCUUCUACGUACAUGGCCAGAGGUAAAAAGCUGAGAUGGGUUUAUCUAUAUUGUUUUGCCUCUGCUGUUGGUGUAAUCGAAUUUAUCUUCCUAGCAUCAGGUUGGUGGUUUCUUUUCAGGAGACAUGAUGUGCUAGUCGCGGUGGAAGAAGGAUAUCGUGCGUUAACUAGUCAAUUCAGGACGUUCAGUUAUACUGAACUUAAGAAGGCAACCAAGAGUUUCAAAGAAGAACUGGGUAGAGGAGCCUCUGGAGUUGUAUUUAAGGGUGUCUUGGCAGACGAAAGGGUGAUUGCUGUAAAAAAAUUGGGAGAUGCGUAUCAAAUGGAGGAAGUUUUCCGGGCAGAAUUGAGCACAAUUGGAAAGAUCAACCACAUGAACCUUGUGAGAAUGUGGGGAUUUUGUUCAGAAUCUAAACACAGACUCUUAGUUUAUGAGUACGUGGAAAAUAAGUCUUUGGACAAACUUCUUUUUUCAGAAAAUUUUCUUGGAUGGAAAGAGAGAUUCAAAGUUGCCUUAGGGACAGCAAAAGGUUUGGCCUAUCUUCACCAUGAGUGCCUAGAAUGGGUUAUACACUGUGACGUAAAACCUGAAAAUAUACUUCUCGAUGGUGAAUUCGAACCCAAAAUUUCGGAUUUUGGACUAUCAAAGUUGUUUCAAAAGGGUUUCAAUAAUUCUAAAUUCUCUCGAAUACGAGGAACAAAAGGUUACAUGGCUCCUGAGUGGGCAUCAAAUCUUCCUAUCACAGCCAAAGUUGAUGUGUACAGUUAUGGAGUCGUGAUUCUAGAGUUGGUGAAAGGCAUUCGCCUUUCCAAUUGGGUGGUCGAGGAUGGCGAGGAUCAGGAAGCUGAGUUGACGAGGUUUGUGAGGGUAGUCAAAAGAAAAAUUCAGAGUGAGGAGGCUACCUGGAUAGAGGAUGUAGUGGACACAAGAUUGAAUGGACAAUUCAGCAGAACCCAGGUAGCAAAAAUGGUUGAAAUUGGAAUUUCUUGUGUGGAGGAAGACAGAAACAAGAGACCAACAAUGGAUUCCAUAGUCCAAGCUCUAAUGGCAUGCGAAGAUGUUAGUCGGAUCCGGACUCCCGACAAUCGUAGCGUCAUAAUUUGAGUUGUAAAUUUCUUUACUACUUUCAGUUUGAUUAUCAAGCUAUCUACUAUCCAAUGUUUGCAUUUGCAAGCUCCAACUCAAAGAUAAUAAAAAUGUUUCGUUUCAGCAACAGGAAGACUUAGUUAUC